GCACCAGGAGGCACCGGGAGGAUCGAUCGACCACGAGACUCGCGACAGCAGCCUUCCCUUGCAGAGAGAGAGAGAGAGACUGAGAGAUGACCGCCUCAGUCACUCGCGUCGCUGCUCCUGCUGCUGCUGGCGGCCGCAGCGAACGUGAAGGCCCACGUCCCCGAGGUGGAGGGCGUCCUCAUCCUCUCGCAAGACAACUUCUCCGAAGCGCUGGAGAGGGAUGGCAAUUACCUCCUCGUCGCGUUUGUGUCCGGCUCUUGCGAGAAGUGCUCCGAGUUGCCGCCCAAGCUUGCCCGGACCGUCGAGCUCCUCCGGGAGCGCGGCGCUCCGGUGCGGCUCGGCUCGCUGGACGGGGAGACGCACGCAAUCCUCGCCACCGAGUUCGACGUCUCCCACUACCCCGACUUCCUGCUCUUCGAUCCAGGCUCCCGCGCCAAGCCCCGGCACUACCACGGCCUGUGGGAAGCGGAGGCCCUGGCCAAGUGGGCGGCGAGGCGAGCGGGGCCCCCAGCCGUGACCGUGGCCACCGCGGCGGAGGCCCAGGCCUUCAUCGACUCCGACAGCCUCGUGCUUCUGGGGUUCUUCAAGGACACGGAGAGCCGCGACCUGAAGACCUUCAUGGAGGUCGCCGACACAUAUGAUGAGGCGCCAUUUGGCGUCACAUCAAGCGAAGAGGUUUUCGCGAAAUAUGGCGUCUCAAGUGACUCUAUUGUGCUCUUCAAGAAGUUUGACGAGGGCCAGGUGGUCUUCACGGAUCAGGUGGAGCGGGAGAAGCUGUUGCGCUUUGUUCAGCUGCAGGAGCUCCCGUCCGUCGUCACCUACUCGGACGAGGCGUUCCCGCUGCUCUUCAGCGGGCUGGUGGAUGUGCACAUCCUGCUGUUCGCCAACGCUUCCUCAGACGGAUUCCCUGAGCUCUUUGAGGAGUUCAAGGCGGCUGCUCCUCCCUUCAGAGGCAAGAUCCUGUUUGUGCUGCUGAACAGCGCGGUGCCGGAGAACGACAACGUGCUGGAUCUGUUCGAGCUGACGGACGGGGCGCAGCUGCCUGCGAUCCGCCUGCUCAAGGUGAACAAGGACAUGGUGAAGCGCGUGCCGUCCUUCAGCGACUUCACCACCGCCAACAUCACCUCGUUCUGCCAGGACUACUUGGACGAGCACAGCAAGCCCUUCUCGAAAUCGCAGGAAAUCCCCAAGGACUGGGACAAGCGGCCGGUCAAGGUGCUGGUUGGGAAAAACUUCGACGAAUUGGUGUUUGACGAAACGAAAAACGUGUUUGUUGAAUUCUACGCCUCGUGGUGCGACCACUGCAAGAAGCUGGCGCCCGUGUGGGAGCAGCUCGGAGUCCAGUACAAGGACCACGACAACAUCGUCAUCGCCAAGAUGGACGCCGAGAAAAACGAAGUGGCGGCCGUGCACAUCCCGGGCUACCCGAAAAUCAAAUACUUCCCUGCUGGGCCCGGCAAGAAGAUAAUCAACUACACGGGGGCGAGGACUCUGGAGGCUUUCACGAGCUUCCUGGAGAGUGGAGGCCAAGUCCAGAGCAGCGGUGACACGGAUGGGAAGAUGGAAGAACCUUCAAACAAAACGGAUGAUUUAAAGAAGGAAGAAUUGUGAACGUUUUUAAUAUUCGUGAAAUUAAACAGCCCACGGGCACAGUAAAAUCA